AGCAUUGGUGGAGGGCGCGCUCGACGCAGGCCCCGCCCCCCGAGGCCCCCCCCCCCCCCCCCGACACGUGACCACGGCGCGCGGGGCAGGCCGGGCCGGCCCCUCGCAGCUCUACUCCUUAUGCGCCGGCCUCAAAAUGGCCGCCUCCUGGCGUCUCUGCCGCUGUUGAAUGGAGAAAGCUUUAUUGUUCCCUUCGGGCAGGAGUGUUCGUGUCCUCUAUGGCGCUGUCAAUAAAGAACGGCAGUUUGAAUCGGUGCUGAACAGCGCUGAUCCGCAGACAGCGGAUUCCGGAGGCGAGAGGGCGAGACGUCCUCGGGGCGGGGCCGCUGCCAUGGAGCUCCCCAGCUAUGGCCGGCAGCUGCUGCAGCAGCUCUACACCCUGUGCAAGGAGCAGCGCUUCUGUGACUGCACCAUUUCCGUUGGCACCAUCUACUUCCGGGCCCACAAGCUCGUCCUGGCCGCGGCCAGCCUCCUGUUCAAAACCCUGCUGGACAACACCGACACCAUCUCCAUCGACGCGUCUGUGGUGAGCCCCGAGGAGUUUGCCCUCUUGCUGGAGAUGGUGUACACUGGCAGGCUGCCUGUGGGCAAGCACAACUUCUCCAAAAUCAUCUCUCUAGCCGACAGCCUGCAGAUGUUCGACGUGGCCGUGAGUUGCAAAAAUCUUCUCACCAACCUCGUAAGCUGCUCCGUUCAGGGCCAGGUGGUGCGGGAUGUCUCCGCACCGUCCUCAGAGUCACUCAGGAAGGAGCCCGAGAAGCCCGAGGUGGAAACCCUUUCCCCCGAGGGUGCUGCAGAGCCUCGUUGCUCCCCGGAGGAUUCUGCCCCUCCGGGGGGCCCUGUGAAAGCCGAGACCGAGGAGGCGGUCCAUACGGUCGCGCAGGAGAUGAGCGUGGGUCCUUCCACCGCCCAGGAGAUUCCGGGGAAUGCAGACGCCCCGGUGGAGACUCCUCGUACAGCUGAAGUUUGUUCCCCCUCCCCUGCCGGACAAGCCUGUAGUGCGGCGAAGGAGGCGAGCACGGAACCAGAGUAUGAGAGGAAACGCCAUCAGCUGAAUUUUCUUCUAGAAAAUGAAAGUAUCUUCUCUGAUGCACUCUUGGUUACCCAGGACGUUUUAAAAAGACUAGAAGAAUGUUCAGAAAUUAAAGGUGCACAGGAGGAGACUAUAAUGGGGUGUCUUGAGGGUGAAGAAGGACGUUCAGCAUUCCAGAGAAUCCUGGAUAAAGUAAGAGAUGAGAGCCUGGAUGUUCAGACUGUCGUGUCUCUGUUGAGGCUAUACCAAGAUUCCAAUCCUGCAGUAAAGGCAGCGUUGUUACACAGAAAGCCAGAAGACGUACAAGCAGCGCAGCCAAAAGGGAGCACAGAGGAGGGGAAGACCUUGUCUGCUCUGUUACUGGAACACAAAGAGGACCUGAUCCAGUGUGUCACACAGCUGAGACCCAUCCUGGAGUUCCUGGAAACAGCCAAGGAGGAACUCCUAACUGGCGCUGAGAGAAGGGUGAUCCUGAAUUGCUGCGAGGGCGGGACCCCCAAGGAGACCGUAGAAAAGCUGCUGCACAGAAUGUCUGAAGACAAGACUCUGACUGCAGAGAGUUUGGUAAAACUCCUUCAGGCUGUGAAACCGACGUCCCCAAACUUGGGCCUUCUGCUGGAGAAUUUGCAGAAAUUAGCCACUUCGCCAGGCACCACAGUCCAAGCAAGCCCUGAUGAUUAUGGGACUGAGCUGUUGAGACGAUAUCACGAAAACCUUUUGGAGAUUUUCACAGACAACCAGACAUUACUAAAAAUGAUCCCACACAUGAAGGGUUUAGCCCCUGGAGAGAGAGAGGUCAUGGAGAAGCUUGUGAAACAGGACUCUGGCUCGGGUGGUUUCAGUUCUCUGAUGUCAGCAGUUCUAGAAAAGCAGACUGUCUCUGCAACAGCCAUUUGGCAACUGCUGCUGGUGGCUCAGGAGACGAAGACCUGCCCAUUGAACCUGCUCAUGGAGGAAAUACGAAGGGAGCCUGGUGCCGAUGCUUUCUUCCGGGCAGCGACCAACCCAGAAAGUGCGGCCUUAGAAGCCAUGCUAAGGCAUCGCAGACUGAUUCUAGAGGCCAUCCAACAAGGGACUGGACUCAAGUGCUUUACCGCAGAGGAGGAGCAGCUGGCAGAGGCUGUGAAGGAGAUUCUGAGCAUUUCCCCUGAGACAGCCAGCCCUGAAGCUUCCCUGAAAGCAGUGCUGAGCAGAGCCACGGAAAAAUCUGUCGCGGCCGUUGAAAUAUGUUCCCUCCUGUGCAGUGUCCACAGAUCUUUCCCAGGCCUGCAGCCUGUCAUGCAUGAGUUGGCAUACACUGGCUUCCUUACUCAGGAAGGUGGAGAGAAGGAAAGGUGGAAAGUGAGCAGUAAAUUUCCCCGCGCAGCCAACGACAGAACAGAUGAGAAGGUAGCCGAGCCAGCGGAGGAAGGCUGCCGGUCUGGGAAGCAGGGCAGUCAAGGAGAGACCGGCUCCUUGCCAGAGCCACAAGCGAAAAACACGUCUGCCUCCCCCGACCCUGCCAAGAAGAGCUUCGUCUGUAAGGCCUGUGACAAAAGCUUCCAUUUCUACUGCCGUCUGAAGGUGCACAUGAAGCGCUGCCGGGUGGCCAAGAGCAAACAGGUGCAGUGUAAGGAGUGCAGCGAGACCAAGGAGUCUAAGAAGGAGCUGGAAAAACAUCAGCUGGAGGCCCACGGUGGAGGAGGAGAGCCCGAUGCCCCGAAGAAGAAGAAGAAGAGGCUUCCAGUGACAUGUGACCUUUGUGGGAGAGAAUUUGCCCACGCCUCAGGCAUGCAGUACCACAAACUGACAGAGCACUUUGAUGAGAAGCCUUUCUCCUGUGAAGAGUGUGGGGCAAAGUUUGCGGCCAAUUCUACCCUGAAGAACCACCUUCGCCUUCACACUGGGGACCGCCCGUUCAUGUGCAAGCACUGCCUCAUGACCUUUACCCAGGCCUCUGCCCUGGCCUACCACACCAAGAAGAAGCACUCGGAAGGGAAAAUGUAUGCCUGCCAGUAUUGUGAUGCUGUGUUCGCCCAGUCCAUUGAGCUGUCCCGCCACGUGAGGACCCACACCGGGGACAAGCCAUAUGUCUGCAGGGACUGUGGCAAGGGCUUCCGGCAAGCCAAUGGCCUGUCCAUCCACCUGCACACCUUUCACAACAUAGAAGAUCCCUACGACUGCAAGAAAUGCCGGAUGAGCUUCCCCACCCUGCAGGACCAUCGCAAGCACAUCCACGAGGUCCACUCCAAGGAGUACCACCCCUGCCCCACGUGCGGGAAGAUCUUCAGCGCCCCUUCCAUGCUGGAGCGGCACAUGGUGACCCACGUCGGGGGGAAGCCCUUCAGCUGCGGGAUCUGCAACAAGGCCUACCAGCAAUUGUCUGGUUUGUGGUACCACAACCGGACCCACCACCCUGAUGUGUUUGCCGCUCAGAAUCAUCGAUCUUCCAAAUUUUCGUCGCUCCAGUGCGGCUCCUGUGACAAGACCUUUUCCAACACCGUUGAACACAAGAAGCACAUCAAAGCAGAGCAUGCAGAUACGAAGUUCCACGAGUGUGACCAGUGCAAGGAGCUCUUCCCCACACCGGCUUUGCUGCAGGUUCAUAUCAAGUGCCAGCAUUCAGGGUCGCAGCCGUUCAGGUGCUUGUACUGUGCGGCUACUUUCCGCUUCCCGGGAGCACUGCAACACCACGUGACCACGGAGCACUUCAAGCAGUCAGAGAGCACCUUCCCCUGUGAGCUCUGCGGGGAGCUCUUCACCUCGCAGGCCCAGCUUGAUGGCCACUUGGAAUCUGAACACCCAAAGGUGACGGGCUCUGAGACUCAAGCAGCAGCCUCACAGGUGAUCCAAACCCCAGAGCCGGCGGCCCCGACAGAGCAGGUGAUCACCUUGGAGGAGACCCAGCUUGCUGGAUCACAGGUGUUUGUGACCUUGCCGGAUUCACAGACGUCUCAGACCAGCUCUGAGCUUGUGGCGGUGACCGUGGAGGAUUUGCUAGAUGGUACCGUGACCCUCAUCUGUGGCGAGGCCAAAGCUCGUGGAGCAGCCGGUGAGGAGUGGAAAGGCAGUCAGAUUCCAAGCUGGAGUCUGCUUCUGUGGGAAUAAUGGGGAUCAUUUAUGGAACGGGAUUUGCCAUCCCAGGUAAGUGAGACGACAGAUAGGAGAUUCAAGAGCAAGGGUUGCCCGAGGAAGAUGGGACUGUCCCAAGUACCUGAGCAGCACCUGGGGCCGGCAGGGCAGCAGAGGGGCUGAGGCAAAAAGCCUGUCUCUUCUGUCUCAGAAGCUUUAUGUUUAGAAGCCUUUGAGCCCAGCGAGUGCCAGGGUCUUGUCUGUGCUGUGAAUCCUGGGUUCCGUGAUGAAUCCUGGUGAUCCAUCCAGGGCUUCUGUGCGGAAACACUGACCCUCCUCUCCCACCAACCACGGGUGUUGGCCACAUGCCCCAGGGAAGAGCUCUGAUGGUCAGGUGCUGAGGGACAAAAUGAGGUCCAGUCCGACAGGGCGAAUGGGUUGGGGGGGUGGGGGGUGGGGGAGGUGGCCUACUCUGCUCAUGGUUUUCAAUAAAUCAGGUGUACUCUCAGAAUCGAGAAAGAUGAGAUGGGCCCUAAGAGUUUCUCACUGCAGGUGAUGUCGAGGUCUCCACAGGCUGAUGACAUAUUAAUGAGAUGGGAGGGCUGUGCCUUUAAAUCUCAAUGUGCCUGAGAUCUAUGAAUUGCCUAAGGGAUGGAAGAAACUGGUAACCUCGCAUAGAACGGUUGUAGGGGACAAGCAGCAUUUCUAUUAAAUCGGGACUGGAAAGCUGGACAGUGACAGAGAAAUUGCUGGGAUGUUUUAAUUAUUCCUCCCAAACAAAGAACAGCAGCCUCAGCCCUGCUCCGCUUGGUCCAGUGUAUCCCAGGGUCCCUUGAGUUGUAGGGAAGAAAUGGGAUUAACAGUAAGAUUUGUGGGUCGAAGAGGGUAUCGGAAGCAAGUUGAUGAUGAUUGUUUUGUUGUCAUGGAAAACCUUGGGGCUGGUAGGACUUGGGCCAAAGGCUCAAAGCACAGCCAGAACUCAGAAACUUCCUGUGCAUACAGCUGUGCCUCUAAGGACGAGGGAAGCCGCCUGUGUUCUGGGGAUCAUGUUGAGAAAAAUUAUUUCCUGGGCUAAUUCACACUGCGUCCCAACCGUGGAAAUGUUCGUCGUUUCUCUUCCCAAGGCCAGCCACACCUCCCACCACGGUCAGGACAACUAGCCAGCACCUGGUGCUGUGUAAAUUAGAUUACAAACCGUUAUUUUCAUUUAACUUGCACUAUUCUGUAUAAAUAAAGUACGUACUUUGAAAAUCUUGUGCUGCCUGAGUUUCAAAUGG